AUGAUCAGUUUCGAUAAGAAAACUAAAAUACCAGUUGCCAUUAAAAUUAUUGAUUUGGAAAGUGCUGAAGAUGAAAUUGAAGAUAUUCAACAAGAAAUAGCUAUUUUAUCACAAUUAGAUUCUCAUUAUGUUACAAGAUAUUUUGGUUCGUAUCUAAAAGGAACAAAUUUGUGGAUUGUUAUGGAAUAUUGUUCAGGAGGUUCUUGUUCAGAUUUAAUGAAACCACAUCCUAUUAAAGAAGAAUAUAUAGCAAUCAUAUUGAGAGAGUUACUUAGAGGAUUGGAUUAUCUUCAUAAUGAACAAAAACUUCACAGAGGAAUAACAGCUAUUGAACUUGCUAAGGGAGAACCACCACAUGCAGAUAUUCAUCCAAUGAAAGUUAUUUUUCUAAUUCCUAAAAAUUCACCACCUAUAUUAGAAGGUAAUUUUUCUAAAUCAUUUAAGGAAUUUAGACCAACUGCAAAGGAUUUACUUAAACAUAAAUUUAUUCGUAAUGCAAAAAAAACUUCUUAUUUGACUGAAUUAAUUGAAGAGCAUGAAAGAUGGUUAGCUGAAGGUGGUGGACAACAGGAUUCAGAUGAAUCGGAUAAUUCAGAAAUUCGUGCGGAAGAUGGAGAAGAUACAGCGAUAAAAACCAAAAAAACUAAUGAUUCCGGAUAUGAUACAAUUAAACGAGUGACGGAUACAGUUAAAAUAGAUGAUUACAGUGAUCUUUAUUCUAAUCAUAAUGAAUCUUUAGUAACUGGCCCCGCGGUUUAUGAUAAAGUUAUUGUUCCCACAAUUGAUAAGGUAUUUGAUUAUUAG